GAUGGCUCGGACCGCAGCGCCCGGAGAGAGCUCUAAUGGUACCAAGUGACAGAUCGACUCUCCUGUAACUCGGGGACGCCAGAGCUCCUGAGAAGAUGUCGGCAAUACAGGCCUCCUGGCCCUCCGGUACAGAAUGUAUUGCCAAGUACAACUUCCAUGGCACCGCCGAGCAGGACCUGCCCUUCUGCAAAGGAGACGUGCUCACCAUUGUGGCCGUCACCAAGGAUCCCAAUUGGUACAAAGCCAAGAACAAGGUGGGCCGUGAGGGCAUCAUCCCAGCCAACUACGUCCAGAAGCGUGAGGGCGUGAAGGCGGGCACCAAACUCAGCCUCAUGCCCUGGUUCCAUGGCAAGAUCACACGGGAGCAGGCCGAGCGGCUUCUGUACCCACCCGAGACGGGCCUGUUCCUGGUGCGGGAGAGCACCAACUACCCCGGGGACUACACGCUGUGCGUGAGCUGCGAUGGUAAGGUGGAGCACUACCGCAUCAUGUACCAUGCCAGCAAGCUGAGCAUCGAUGAGGAGGUGUACUUCGAGAACCUCAUGCAGCUGGUGGAGCACUACACCUCAGAUGCAGAUGGACUCUGUACACGCCUCAUCAAACCAAAGGUCAUGGAGGGCACCGUGGCAGCCCAGGAUGAAUUCUACCGCAGUGGCUGGGCCCUGAACAUGAAGGAGCUGAAACUGCUGCAGAUCAUUGGGAAAGGGGAGUUUGGAGACGUGAUGCUGGGUGACUACCGAGGAAACAAAGUUGCUGUCAAGUGCAUUAAGAACGACGCCACCGCCCAGGCCUUCUUGGCUGAGGCCUCGGUCAUGACGCAACUUCGGCAUAGCAACCUGGUCCAGCUCUUGGGUGUGAUUGUGGAGGAGAAGGGCGGGCUGUACAUCGUCACCGAGUACAUGGCCAAGGGGAGCCUGGUGGACUACCUGCGCUCGCGGGGUCGGUCGGUGCUAGGCGGAGACUGUCUCCUCAAGUUCUCGCUAGACGUAUGCGAGGCUAUGGAAUACCUGGAGGGCAACAACUUCGUGCAUCGGGACCUGGCUGCCCGCAACGUGCUGGUGUCUGAGGACAAUGUGGCCAAGGUCAGCGACUUUGGUCUCACCAAGGAGGCAUCCAGCACCCAGGACACGGGCAAGCUGCCAGUCAAGUGGACAGCGCCCGAGGCCCUGAGAGAGAAGAAAUUCUCGACUAAGUCCGAUGUAUGGAGCUUCGGAAUCCUCCUCUGGGAAAUCUACUCCUUCGGGCGAGUGCCUUAUCCAAGAAUUCCCCUGAAGGACGUCGUUCCUCGGGUGGAGAAGGGCUACAAGAUGGAUGCCCCAGACGGCUGCCCAUCUGCCGUCUACGAGGUUAUGAAGAACUGCUGGCACCUGGAUGCCGCCGCACGGCCCUCCUUCCUGCAGCUCCGGGAGCAGCUCGAGCACAUCAAGACCCACGAGCUGCACCUGUGACCACCAGCCGCGCCCAGUCCUGGGCCUGUGGGGACUGAACCUGGAAGGCCGUGGACCUGGUGGCCCUGCUCGCGGGGCUCGAGCCUGGACUGAGCCCCAGAGGGCUGGCAGCCUCUUUCCACUGUCCCAGCCUGCGCCCUCUGGCCCCAGGGACCCCGCUGAGGCCCGGCCCCUUCUCUUGGACCCGUGUGUGGGGCUCGGGGAGUCCACGGGGCCAGGGAGGGAGGAGACUGGAGAGCAGGGGCAGCGCCCCACCACGCCGGGUCCCAGCCCAUCGCUCGCCUUCUUAGAGUUUUAUUCCUUUCCUUUUUUGAGAUUUUUUUCCGUGUGUUUAUUUUUUAUUAUUUUUCAAGAUAAGAAGAAAGUACCCAGCAAAUGGGCAUUUUACAAGAAGUACGAAUCUUAUUUUCCUUUCCUGCCCAUGAGGGUGGGGGAACCGGGCUCCUCUCUAGGGACCCACCGCCCCAGCCUGUUCCCCUUCCGUGUUUCAUGUCCCGUGUUGCCUCGGUCGCCCCGUGUUUGCGCUUGACCAUGUUGCACUGUUUGCAUGCGCCCGAGGCAGACGUCUGUCGGGGGCUUGGAUUUCGUGUGCGCUGCCACGGCCCACCUGCCUUGUGAGAUGGAACCGUAAUAAACCACGCCAUGAGGACACCGCCGCCGGCCUCGGCGCUUCCUCCUCCGA